UUAUUUUUUUAAUUUGUGCCUCUAAAGAAAAUAAGUACUAAUUCUUUAAAAUGGGAUUAGACAAACUAUUGUAACAAGUUUUUCCAAAUGGAGUAAAGUCCAAUCAACAAUCUUGUUUUCAGUCUGCCCCUUGAACACUCAACUCAGCAAGUAUUAAGACGUUUCAAAGGUUGUCAUCUCCAUUCCCCCUUCUGCCCUUCCAAGACAUAGCAAGUUUAAAACGUCAGCAAAAUAAAUAAAUAAAUUAAAAGGACAGAAAGGAAAAAAAGACAUGGGGGGUAGUGUAUAAAGGAUUUUUAACAAAAAGACAAGACAGGAAAUACAGCACAAAGCUCUAGGAGAAGUAAUGAGUCAUGGAAAAAUGAACACAAUUUGGAUUGCCUCUGGCCUUUCCUGGCAUUCGAGAGAACAGAGGGAAAAUUUAAGAAGUUCAUUACUAAACACUCUGAUUUGAAGACUUCUGCUCAAAUAAUGGACUGGUUCCACUGCAAUCAGUGUUUCCGAAAAGAUGGGGCCCAUUUCUUUGUCACCAGCUGUGGCCAUAUUUUCUGUAAAAAAUGUAUGACUCUGGAAAAAUGUGCUGUUUGUGGAAUUCCUUGCAAACAUCUGGCUCUUUCUGAUAAUCUGAAACCUCAGGAGAAGAAGUUCUUCAAAAGUCCUGUAGAGACAGCUUUGCAGUAUUUUAGUCACAUCUCUCAGGUUUGGCGCUUCCAGAAGAAACAAACAGAUCUUCUUAUUGCCUUUUAUAAGGAUAGAAUCUCAAAGUUAGAAGCAGCUAUGCAAGAAGCAAAGCAAACAGUGGCUAACCAGGACAAAGAGCUGUCAGUCUUGAGAAAGGAGAAUGGAGAACUGAAGAAAUUUCUAGCCAUCCUAAAGGAAUCUCCAAAUCGCUACCAUGGAAGCAGGUUGACCACACCUCGACCAGUGGGAAUUACUUCCCCAUCACAGCCAGUUGCUUCACGACCUAGUUCUCAGCAUAGCAGUCAAGUGGUUAGUCGCUCCUCCUCCAUAGAGUCUAUCCCUAAUAGAGUGGCUGGCUUUGCUAGUAUGGGACAAGGGGACAGAUGCCUACAGGGAAGGAACACUCCCAGAAACAUUUAUACUGAAACCCCCUCACCAGCUUCUACUCACAGCCUGACUUACAGACCUUCAUCUGCUUCCUCUGGACAGGGAAUUUCUUCUUUCAGACCAUUCCUCAAUGGUGAUUCAGGCCACACAAGAGUCCUCACCCCCAACGAUUCUGGUCAGAGGGAGAAUAGAACCACACCGGAGAGUUUUCCUGGUUUUCAGCUUCCAGUCCUGCAGGGAAGGGUCUCACUUGGUCACAAGCUGACUUGGAACCCUCAACAGACCAGAAAUCUUAACCUCCUAGUUGACAGGAUUAAGGAUAUGGGACAGCACACACCCUAAGAAAUUCUACCAGCAGAGACAGAUGGGAUUAGCCUGCAGGAAAGAAGCAUGGACUACUUCCAGAUAAACCCCAGAACUGACCUGUGCAUAUUGCUGAAGGAUGGACUGUAGGUAGUGUCUAGUAUCCAUUAUGGAACCAUGGGCUUGAAAAUACACACCUGCUUUGUUUCCUGACUUCAUUCUGCAUCUUAAACAUCUGAUACUAACCUCCCAGGAAAAGUGGCCAGGUUUCAUUAUAAGGUUUCAGGAAGAUGUUCAUCUCUCCCUCAUAUAUAGCUCCUUUUAUUUCCUACAAUUCGAAACUUAAAAGAUGUAAAAAACAAUCUUUGGUAUUAUACUUGGAAAUGAGAUUAGAUAAUAUACUCAACUUGUUUCAUUUCUGUAUUUCAUUUUUUAGCUUUGUGUAUAUUGUCCUAUUGCCAUGUGAAAAGCAACAACUAUUUAUCCAAAUUUACCUUUCUUAUUUACAUAUUGUUUCUUGUAUGCCCAGUUGCUAUUAUGUUGAUUUUCCUAUCAAAAUGAUAGCUGGAGAUAUAGAUUUCCAGAUCACCUACUGGAGUAUAUAGAAAAUAAAGAGGAAAACUCAUUAAA